CUCCUGCCUGGGUGCCGACGGGAGAGGGAGGAAAGCUGGUGGUGGUGGUGGCUUCCAGAAAAUUGCAUCUCCGUGCUCACUCACUCACUCACUCGCUCGCGAACUCUGAGGAAUCGACGACCUUCUCUCCACGAGCUUCACAAAAUAUCUUCGCGAAACAGUUGAGGUUUAUUCGUUCUCGUCGACUUGACGGAUUAACUUGUGCGAAGAUUUUGUAGAAGGUCGGGGAAGAACAUAUCGCAUCUUGACCAUGACUGAUUUGCUGUCCCGCGGUACUGCUGGGAGUGAGAGACCUGCUACGGUCACGAUGCGAACUUCAAUGGGAGAUCUAGUGAUUGAGCUCUACUGGCAACAUGCUCCUCGAACAUGCCAGAACUUCGCUGAAUUGACGACUCGAGGUUAUUAUGAUGGUACUAUUUUUCACCGAGUUGUUCGAGAGUUCAUGAUUCAGGGAGGCGAUCCUACGGGCACUGGAAGGGGGGGUGCAUCCAUUUAUGGGAAAGAAUUCGACGAUGAAAUUGAUCCGUCGUUGAAACACACUGGAGCUGGUGUCUUAUCCAUGGCCAAUUCCGGUCCCAACACCAAUGGAUCUCAAUUUUUCAUCACGCUUGCACCGACUCAAUGGCUGGACGGGAAACACUCAAUUUUCGGUCGCAUCAAGUCUGGGAUGCACGUCGUGAAGAGAAUUGGAUCUGUGGAAACAGAUGGUGAUGAUCGACCAGUGGAUACGGUUCGAAUCGUCUCCUGUGAUAUCACACCCCCUUCCUAGCAAAGCUUUCUCCACUUUUAAUAUACUUAUAUUACAGAUUUAUUAAUACAUGCUUUUUAUGUUUUCCAAAACUCUUAAAAACUGUAGUAGUUACAUUUACGUAAUAAUAUAAUGCGUACCUCUCUGGCAAACCAUGUAUAUGAAAUAAAUGUUUUACUAUGACAGCCCUACUUUAGAAUGUUUCUCGAAAUAGUUAAAAAGUAAAUAUUUUUUGUAAUACAAUUACAAUAAUGCAAUCAACAUAAAAGUUUUAUAUAUAUAAGUCAAAUUA